AUGAUUCAUCGACAAGUCGCUAUAUACCCCGACCUUAAGGGGAAGGUGGCCUUGGUCAUUGGAGCGGGCCAAUCUGGAGAUGCCAUCAGCAGUUACUGGGGCAUUGGAGCGGCAAUCGCAAAAGUCCUGAGUGAAUCGGGUGCCAAAGUCAUUGCCUGCAAUAGGAGCCUGGAAGCAGCACAACGUACAGCUGCUCGAAUCCGCGCAGAUGGGGGAAUCUGUGAAGCCAUCCAAGGAGACGCGACAAGCCAGAAGGAUAUCAAGCGCGUUGUCGAUAGAGUGAUGACACAUUUCGGCCGAAUCGACGUUCUAGUCAACAACGUCGGCCGAACAUUGACAGGGGAUGCUGGGAGCAUGUCAGAAGAAGACUGGGAUGCACAAAUUUGCCUGAACUUGAAGUCCGUCUUUUUAGGCUGUAACGCCGUGCUGCCUAUCAUGGAGAAGCAAGGAUCUGGCUCUGUGAUUAACAACGCAUCUGUCGCUGGAAUGCGAUACCUGGGUAAACCUCAGAUUGCGUACGCAACAGCGAAGGCAGCAGUUAUUCAUUUCUCGCAGACCACUGGUAUUAUGUAUGCUGGUAAGGGGAUCAGGGUGAACUCGGUUUCCCCCGGAAUGAUGUACACGCCGUUGCUGGAGAUGCUCGGCAAUAGCGAGUCUGCGGCAGAACGGGAAAUCUACAAAAAGGUCACUGAGCAUAAUGUGCCUCAAGGUAGUAUGGGAGAUGCAUUUGAUGUUGCCAAUUGUGUUGCGUUCCUGGCAAGUAAUGCGUCAAGAUACAUUACGGGUCAGAAUUUGGUCAUGGAUGGUGGGCUGACAGGGUCGACUGGUACUGGGUGGUCUUCUCAGCCACGACCAUCCUAG